CUCGCUGGCGUCCACGCCCCGAGGCCUGCAAGGCUGGGACGGCUUCUAGCCAACAUGAUUGCGUCGGAAUUUGUCUUGGGUCUGGUGCUGCGGUUAUUCCUGCAGGCCCACGUAAGUGCAGGGGGUUUUGGUCUGUUUUCUUCAGAUAAAGUGGGAUAUGUUGGUUUUCGCUUUGCUUCGUACAUUGACGACUACAUGGUGCUGCAGAGGGAGCCUGCAGGGGCAGUGAUCUGGGGUUAUGGCGCACCCAGAGCCACAGUGACGGUGACGCUGUGCCGGGAUCAGGAGCCCAUCAUGAAGAAAGUGACCAGCGUGAAAGCAGACUCUAACACCUGGACAGUGGUACUGGAUCCUAUGAAGCCUGGUGGACCUUAUGAAGUGAUGGCACAGCAGACUCUUGGGAGGAUAAACUUCACUCAGAGAGUUCAUGAUGUCUUGUUUGGAGACGUCUGGCUUUGCAGUGGGCAAAGUAACAUGAAGAUGACAGUUUCACAGGUAAUUUGCAAAGUCUCAGUGAUAAUAAUGUUGAUGAUGAAGAAGAAAAAGAUGGAAGAGGAAAGGGGCGAGGAGGAGAAGGAGGUAGAAGCCAAGAUCUGUUCUAAAGCUAAGUGGGGAUGGAUGCUGGAAAACUUAGGCCACGGCAACUUCACGUACAUGUCAGCAGUGUGCUGGCUCUUCGGGCGUUUCCUGUAUGACGCCCUGCGGUAUCCUGUGGGGCUGCUCUCCUCCUCGUGGAACGGGACACCCAUCGAAGCCUGGUCGUCCAGAAGGUCCCUUGAAGCCUGUGGGGUCCCGAGGUCAGGGUCCAUGCCAUCUGACCUUCAGUUUGGUCCGAGUGCACACUCUGUUCUCUGGAAUGCCAUGAUCCAUCCACUCCGUAACAUGACACUGAAGGGGGUGAUAUGGUACCAGGGGGAGUCCAAUGUAAACUUUAACAGGGACUUGUACAAUUGUACAUUCCCUCUGCUCAUUGACGACUGGCGCCAGACCUUCCACGAUGGCUCCCAGGGGCAGACAGAGCGCUUCUUCCCAUUUGGAUUUGUCCAGUUAUCUUCCUAUUUGUUUGAUGAAGCCCUGGAUGAUGGACUUCCCCAGAUACGUUGGCAUCAGACAGCCGACUUUGGCUACGUCCCCAACCAAAGGAUGCCCAACACCUUCAUGGCUGCCUCCGUGGAUCUCUGUGACAGGAACUCACCUUUUGGCAGCAUACACCCUCGAGAUAAGCAGACGGUGGCCUACAGGCUGCACUUGGGGGCCCGUGCCUUGGCUUAUGGGGAGAAGUUGAUCUUUCAAGGACCACUGCCUCAGAAGAUAGAACUCCUGGCCGACACGGGGCUGCUCAACCUCACGUAUUCCCAGCCAAUCAAGGUGCAGAGGCGUGACGACAAGAUAUUUGAGGUCUCCUGUUGCAGUGACCACCAGUGCAAGUGGCUUCCGGCUCCCAUGGACACCUUCUCCACCCAGAGCCUGGCCCUGAACAUCACGUCUUGUCAGGACACCCCAGCUGCUCUUCGGUAUGCCUGGACCCCAUGGCCUUGUGAAUAUAAGCAGUGUGCCCUGUACCACCCCACCAGUACCCUGCCAGCUCCUCCCUUCCUUGCUCUCAUUACGAGCCUGAGCCCUGGCUAUCGCAGCAGGACUGCUAAAUAAUUUCAUAGCGGUGUAAUCAUGUCUUAGACACAAGUGUGGCUCCUUUAGAUUUGGGUAUUUAGGAGUUUAAAUGACAACUACUGAUUUUUAAUGGAAAUUAAUCAAACUGCCUCAUUGAAAGCACCCGGCUAGCACAUGGCUGUUUCCAUAUUCUAAGAUGCCAGGGUGGUAGGGAAAUGGAACGCUUGCCUUAUGUCCUCAGCCAGGCCAGGUAUCCAUAUUAGACUAAUUACCAACUACAAACAAGUUGAACCUGUCGUUCACUUCCUUCAUUAUCUGGAGUGAACAGUCUUUUGUGUUACCUCUAGACUGUGGAAACUCAGGAUUGGAAGAGAUUUCAAGGUCGUGGAGGCUGACUAGCAUUUACGUGUUUGUUUUUUAAUAAAAUCUGACAAGUGGUUAUCAAA